UCGCUGUUGGUGUAAACAUCGCCAGUUACAUAGUCUGGCCUGUGUAGGCGUACAUUUGUCAUCGGUCCAAUCUUUCAUAGCUGUUAAGUAACUCCAAUCUUGUUAAUCGGAACUCCGAAUCAAAUUUUGCAGGCUAGUCAACAGUGCGUGGAAAGCGACGAGGAAUUGCAAGCGAACAACCUCCUGGAUUUUCUAAAAAGCUCGAAUUGUUGAGUAAGAAUAAAAACAGGUACUGAACAGCAUUGUAGAUUACUGUAGUUGCUGGUCUUCGGGUACCAUAGGCUGUAUCGCAGUCACAAGGAGAGAUGUUGAAAACUAUCCAGCAAGCUUUGUUUUCAUCUGGUCUGCAACUGCCCAAAUUUACUCCCGGAGAGAGUAAGGCAGAGGACUAUGAGGUCCGCACAUACGAAGCCACAAACUGGGUCAGCACCAAGGUGACUGGACUGCAGUUUGACCCAGCUCUCAGUGCAGGGUUCUUGCGACUCUUCAGAUACAUCCAGGGAAGCAAUGAGGAGAAGGAGAAGGUGGAGAUGACCGCCCCUGUGACGUGCCUGGUGGACCCCGGAGCGGGUCCUGCUUGUGAGAGCACCUUCACCGUGUCCUUCUUCAUCCCAGAGCAGCAUCAGGCCGCCCCGCCCAAGCCCACUGACCCGGACGUGUUCAUCGAGAACAGGAAGGAGUUCACUGCGUUUGUGAGGACGUACGGCGGUUUCUCCAACGAGCAGAAGAGCCGCGAAGAGCUGCUGAAACUGACCGAGAGCCUGCAGAGAGACGGGCUCCAGUUCGAGGAGAAGCGCUACUACUUCGCCGGCUAUGACAGCCCCUUCAAACUGACCAACAGGCGCAACGAAGUGUGGCUCAUCAAACCCGCCGGUGCACAGGAGUGACCUGAUGCCAGGCUCUGAGAGGUCGACAGCAUAGCGUAGCGUAGCUAGGUAACAGUUUUUUUACACCGUGAUUGUGAUCACAAGUGCCUCUAACUCUUGAGUAUGACAACAAUUAAACUUAAGUCAAGUACAAUACAUAUUAUCUGCAUUUAGCAAAAUUCUGCCUUUGCAAAAAGAUAUAUUUUAAUGUACUGCAUUGUUACAGAAAUAAUAAUACAUGUCAAAGUAUCUUUUUAAGAUGCUGUAAAUAACAAAAUGAUUGCCAUCCAGAAAGCAUUUAACACACCUUAUUGUGAAUAUUUUUCUUUUUGCUUGGAGAAAGAACUGUUUAUGGUGCUAGCUGUCAUUGUCCUUUUGUGUUUAAGGGGACUAAAAUGGCCGGGGAAUUGACCAAUUACAAUCGGCUGGUUUUGUUAAGCUUGCAUUACAGCCUGUGGGAGCAACUACUAAUUCAGAAGUGACCAGCAAUGUUGUGAAGCUCAAAUAAGAUGUACUGGUAAUAUUAUUGCUUGUAUUUUUUAACUGAGGGAAGUGUCUGUUUUUGGAAUGUUUG